UGUAGACCGGACCGGCCGGCGGUGAAAAGCACUUGACUACACCCGCCUCGCUCCCACCACGACGACACGUAUGCCAUUCACGGACGCCCAAUGCCACCACGCGUCGUCCCUUCCUCGACACGUGUCAUCCUCUUCCCCUUCCGGCAUGUCUAUAAAGCCGACCGUUCGUUUCAGUCCGGCCGCCUCAGCGUCAUCGCAAGCAGAGAGCUCAUGGGCGACCGCUACCCGAUCGACGUAGUGAGGGGGAAGCUGCAGGAUAACGGUCCGACGGCGUCGCAGGUGGUGACGGUGGCCGCGAUGUUCCCCCUCGGCGGUCUCCUGCUCACGCUGUCGGGUCUCGCCCUCGCCGGCUCCGUCGUGGGGCUCGUCGUGCUCGCGCCGCUGUUCUUGCUCUUCAGCCCCGUGCUGGUUCCGGCGGCGCUGGUGUUGGCGCUGGCGGUGACGGGGUUCCUGGCGUCAGGGGCGCUGGGAUGCACCGGGGUGUCGUCGCUGGCCUACACGAUGAGGCAGGCGCGCGCGGCCCUGCAGCAGGGGCCGAAGCAGGUAGACUACGCGAAGCGUAGGGUGGCGGAGACGGCGGGACACCUGGGGCAGAAGACGAGGGAAGCGGGGCACGCGGUGUAGAGCUGGGCGGAGGAGUUGAAGAGGGCAUGAGCGCCGCCGGAGCAGAGGGAUCAUGCGCGUCUGGACGACGACGCGUGUAGUCGAUAUGUAAUUUGUAUUACGGCGGUGCUUGAGUGCUCUGUCUUCGUUGCAAUAAUCAAUAAAUUUCAGUAGAUGUGAGCGCGUUUAGUAUGUUAA